AUGUUACAUUUCAAUACCUUGGCUUUUCAACACUUGGUCAAUAUCAUUUAUGAGAAGGACCUGUGGAAGAGUAAAUCCCUCAUCCACGAAUUUAAUAGCUUCACUAUUGUGAACUACAGUUUAAAGGAGGAGCUACUCCUCAUUGGAGAACUACGCGAGUUUAGUCCAAUGAAACAAUAUGCAUUGUGGUCAUCGGAAAGUAUCCGGGACUACACCAGAAAAUAUCAAAUAGCGCAUACUGUCAACACUUUAUGA